AUGGAAUACUCGCAGGAGCAACUAAACUACUUCAGACUCUGCUACAUAGCAUUUGAUUUGGUUCCAGUGGGACUGCGGCAGAUUUUCAAAAACGAAUGGGAUUUCCGUUAUAAAGCAACGUUAAUUGGAGAAUGGAAAGACACGGCACAAAAUGGUCUUGAUUUCUACAACAAUGAAUCUAAAGCAAGUCACAAGAAAAACGCCCGUUGUCUGGCAACAAUCCACAAUGGUGACACGGCAAAGUGGGACUGCACCUGUUUGUUUUUUGCCAUCCUGUACUCAGACACCGUUGGCACCACUUUAAGCCCAGCUGUCUAUAAAGUGGUUGAUGAUAUUCGUCAGGUGCGAAACGAGAUCGCUCAUAUCACCGAGGCUAAAUUGACAGAUGCCGACUUCCAAACUUCUGUAGACAGAUUGUUGAACGAUUUUACAUCCCUAGGUCUUGCUAUAACUGAGAUUCAAGAAAUAAAGAACCAGACGACCUUUCCAACGAUGGAAGUGGAAAAUAUUAAGAAAGAAGCUCGUAAUCUCCAAGCCGAGUUAGACCUGACAAAAAGCACUCUUCAAAGUACCGAAGCUGCCCUGGUUUCUCUCACACAGGAAAUAAGUGUGGAACUGCAGUCAUUUUGCAUUCUCCCGUCGCGUCCACCACAUGAUAUCAUCAGGCGCUCGCAUGACAUUCAAAGGAUCACUAGCAAAAUGGAGGAACUUAACAGUGGCUCUAGCGGAGCAGUCAGUACAGUGUAUUUGUCAGGAAAUCCAGGAUGUGGCAAGAGCCAACUUGCCCGGGAAAUUGGGCAGCAGUUCUUUUCUGAACAAACCGAUAAUCUUAUCUUUGCUGCGACAAUAAACACAGAAAGCGUUGAGACACUUGCUGACUCUUACCUCACCCUUGGAAGACACUUAGGGAUAACAGAAUACGCGUUGACAAGCUUGGAAUCUUUAAAAAGAGAGAAACCUAUUGAAGCAAUUCAAACACUUCAUCGCUUGAUUUUGCCGAAGACCAGCAAGUUCAUCAAAUGGUUGAUAAUAGCGGACAAUGUGAUUGACUUACGCGUAGUCCGCGACUUACUACCUCAAACUGGCAGUAAGGAAUGGGGCCAUGGGCAAGUGCUGAUUACUACUCAAGAUAGUGGUACAAUUCCUCAAAACGCCCCUCACACGUAUCAUGAAUCGUUAAGUAAAGGAAUGAGGCGGAAAGAGGCAGUGGAAUUGCUAGAAACAGUAUCGCAAAUUUCAGAGCCAGCACAAGCAGAAAAUGUCGCUGAACUACUCGAUUUUCAACCACUGGCCUUAGCUGCUGCUGCUUAUUACGUGCAAACUGUUGUGAACAGUGGGUCUUCAAAUUAUGAUUGGAAAGCAUACCUUCAAGACAUAUCAACAUACAGUCAACGUAAAGAGGCGGAAACUGUCCUUGCUAGUGAGAGUUCAGCCUAUGCUAAAACAACAAUGGCCGCAGUAGAAAUGGCUAUCCAAAGAGCUGUUGAAACAGACGAGGUUCUUCUUCAUACAUUCUCCUUUCUUUCGCUCUGCGCUAACGAUGAUCUUCCACUCGAAACUGUUUUAAAGUUCGUCAAAGCCCAAGGAAAGGACCAUCAAGAGGUUUUAAUGAAGGCAAAGAUUGUAAGGUCUUCCUUAAGUCUUGUUCAUUCCGAAGAUGGGGGUGAACGAACUUAUUUACGCUUGCAUAAAGUUGUGCAUGAAGCUUUGAAACGAGGCGAGGUGUUCAACUUGAAAUCAUGGAGGAGGGACCACACUAUGGCAGAAGCGGUAAAGAUUUUCAAGGUUGAGCUCGACGAAAAUGACGAGAAUUAUGCGUUUUGUAAAAAAUUGAGGCCCCACUGUGAAUCUGUACUUAAGUACAUGACGUCAGAGUUUAGUUCGGAUGAAAGCACUUUUGUAGCAAGGUUUACGCCCUUCGUAGAUUUGGAUACAGUUAUUGAUUGGCUAUAUACUCUCGCCAGUGUCUGUGAGAAAAACUCUUAUAUCUUCUUUGCGAAAAAUGUGGUCGACCUAGCAUGCAACCUACUGGGAAAUAAAGAGGACACUUCAACAGGUGCGUUAACUCGUAAAGGGAGGGUUUUGAACAUGACUGGCAAAGUGUACAAUAGCCUGGGAGAGUACAAUCAAGCCAAAGAAUUUCACGAAAAAGCACUGAUGAUUCGCAAAAAGAUUUUUUGUGAGGAUCAUGCCGAUGUAGGAGAGAGUUAUAACGACUUAGCAUUAGUUUGCAGCAGCCUGGGAAAAUACAAUCAAGCCAAAGAACUUCACGUAAAAGCACUGACGAUUCGCAAAAAGAUUUUUGGUGAAGAUCAUGCCGAUGUAGCAACAAGUUACAACGACUUGGCAAUAGUGUUCAACAGCCUGGGAGAAAACAGUCAAGCCAAAAAACUUCACGAAAAAGCACUAAUUAUUAACAAAAAGAUUUUUGGUGAAGAUCAUGCAAAUGUAGCAACAAGUUACAACAACUUGGCAUUAGUGUACAGCCACCUGGGAGAAUACAAACAAGCCAAAGAACUUCACGAAAAGGCACUGAUGAUUUACAAAAAGAUUUUUGGUGAAGAUCAUGCCGAUGUAGCAACAAGUUAUAACAACUUGGCAUUAGUUUACAACCACCUAGGAGAAAACAGUCAAGCCAAAGAACUUCAUGAAAAAGCACUGAAGAUUUACAAAAAGAUUUUUGGUGAAGAUCAUGCCAACGUAGCAACAAGUUAUAGCAACUUGGCGUUGAUGUACAAACGCCUGGGAGAAUUCAAUCAAGCCAAAGAACUUUACGAAAAAGCACUGAUAAUUAGAAAACAAAUAUUUGGUGAAGAUCAUGUGUAUGUAGAAACAGUUCGUAGUCAGUUGGCAUUAGUAAACAAACACCUUGGAAGCAGUGGAGCACGGCACGCGAAAGCAUAUUGUUUAAUCCUUUAA